GUGUAGUGGCGCAGAGGCAGACGGUGAGAACUUGAGCUGAGCGACUUUUUUUCCUCCUCCUUCUUCUUUCUGUGGUUCUUCUUCUUUGGGUUUUUUCCCGGAACCUCUGAGUUUGUUGCUUCGGAGCCGACGAAGGAAGAGAGCAGGUGGAACUUCCGGAUCUUUUCCAGUUUCUUCAGAGCUCGAUCACCCGUCACUUUGUCCUGCAGCAGCCAUGGAUCACAAAGGUCACCACAUGAAUCACAGCACCAUGGCCCCGCCCACCAGCUCAGAGCACGACCACGGCUCUGGAGGAGGAGGGGAAGGGAACCAUGGAGGUCACAUGAUGAUGAUGACAUUUUACUUCGGCUACAAUAAUGUGGAGCUGCUGUUCACCGGUCUGCUCAUCAACUCACCUGGAGAGAUGGUGGGGGCAUGUAUUGGUGUCUUCCUAUUGGCCGCCCUGUACGAGGGGUUGAAGAUUGGCCGUGAGGUUCUUCUGCGUCGCAGUCAGGUCAACGUCCGUUACAACUCCAUGCCACUCCCUGGGGCUGAUGGGACAGUGCUGAUGGAGACGCACAAAACGGUUGGGCAGCGCAUGCUGAGCCCCGCCCACUUCCUACAGACCCUGCUGCACAUCAUCCAGGUGGUCGUCAGCUACUUCCUGAUGCUCGUCUUCAUGACCUACAACGGUUACCUCUGUAUUGCUGUGGCAGCUGGUGCUGGCAUGGGCUACUUCCUGUUUAGUUGGAGAAAGGCGGUGGUUGUUGACAUCACAGAACACUGCCAUUAGCAUUCAUGCUAUUUAGCACUAUGAAUGCUCGCUAACACUCAGUAUUAGCAUGCUGGCCUGUGUGCUAAUAGAACUAAACACCAAGUUAGCUGAUUAGCACGACACACUAAAUUACAGCAUUACCUGGUAAAAAUGGUAACGUCACAUUAUACUGUAGUUGGCAACAAACGACAAGCUAGUUGUCUUCUGAUUGGCCAAUUCACUUUUUUUUCCCCUUUUUGUUAGCUUAGCAUCGUUAGCAGCUCAUUAGCAGGGCCACCAAUCAGAAGGCAGGAUGUAAUCAGUUCUUUGACUACUAGGAAUUGAUUGAUUAGGAGCUGUUUUGAUUGGUUGUAUGUACAGAGCAAAUCAAAAGCUUUUUCUUUUGGUUCAAUUUUACUUCCUGUUUACGUUUUAAGAUAUUUAGAACAUUAUUAUUAUUAUUAUUAUUAUUAUUAUUAUCUGAAUCAGCCAGUCAGAGCUCGAUGUUGAUCAAAUGAAAUUUUAGCUUUUGUUUUUGUCAGAAGCCGUCACCUGACUUUGUUUUAAAUUGAAGCAUCAUGAUCUGUUUGGCCAGUUGAGUCACCGUCGGCCUUAACGCCGCUGCCACCUGCUGCCUUACUGCUGACCGAAGGUGGGGUCGGAGCCUCGGCUCGUUUCACUUCACUUGAAAUCGACAUCUUAGCACUUGCCACAUGUGCUGAUGAUGACAUAGGAACGUCUCUACUGUUGUGAUUACUUUAUUUUUGAUGGUUCACACUGAGGAGGGUGGAGUUUAUAUUCUGGACCAAUGAGAUCGCAGGAACAGGUCAGUUGCUGGAUUUAAAGUCCAACUCCAGCAAAAAGUAUGUGGACAUAAUUUUGGUCACAGGCUUUUUAGCGUGUGCACUUACGUCUGGUGCACUGCCUGAGGCUGUGUGGGACCAGCUGGUGUGAUCUCGUCUUGUGUUUUAUGACGUGAACCCUGUGAAGGAAACUGUUUUAUGUGAUCGUGUUUUAAAUGCUGGAAUCAGUAAAAAACUGAAUAAAGUUUAAGUAGAAACUUG